UUGGGCAAGAUGGAGGGUGACUUUGCGCGCCGCUUCUCCAAAACAGAAACGCCGCCCGUUAAAUAGUAUGAUUUUGGGCCUCCUUUUCCCCUGAUGAUUUAACAUCUUCAUCCUCUUUUGCUUCUUUUUCGAGAAAAUAAAAAAAGGGUCUUUGUUGCUUUCUUCUGUGAUUUCCAAUACUCGACCGUUGCGUCUCAGUCGCUCUCGUCUCAUUUAGACUUUAGGCUUCGUGGUUCACGCCCCGAUUCGUUUUCAGCCAGCUGCUGCUCGAAACCGCGCUAGAAAAAAGGAUACGCACACAAAAGGAUCAUCUUCCAACCCAGCCUGUUUACUCUUCUUCCAAUUCAUUUCUUGGUCCUUUCAGCAAUCAGCAUCGCUUGCUGUUGUUCUCGCUUGUAUCUUGUGUGUCGGAAAUACAUUCUUGGCCCCGAGAACAUAUCGAUUGGCGCCUCCCGAACAGAAAGAAGCCUCCCUUGUCUUUUUUUGGCCCGCAUAGCACGUAUACUUGCUUUCUUUGCUGCACCCAUAGAUCGCCCGUCGUAUAUAUUCGAGCAUUAUCCCCCGUUUAUAAACCGUCUUUCCCUUCGACCUUAGACAAAAUGACUACAGGAACCUUGAAGCAAGCAGCUGAGUCUGCCAGAUCCAAGGGCUCAGAAGUCAUGGGAGCUGUUCGACGCAGUGAGACUGGCAAGCAGGUUGCCGAUUUCAUUCACACACCUUAUAUGCGAGCAGCUCUGCCCUUCAUCAAUGGUGGCUUAGCUGGUAUGGUGGCAACUACUGUUGUUCAACCCGUCGACAUGGUCAAGGUCCGCAUCCAGCUUGCCGGCGAAGGUACUGCUGGAGGGCCCAAGACCAGCCCUUUUGCCGUCGCUCGCCAGAUUGUUGCCAGUGGCAAGGUCAUGGAUCUUUACACUGGCCUUAGCGCUGGUCUCUUGCGUCAGGCUGUUUACACCACUGCUCGUCUCGGUUUCUUCGACACAUUCAUGGGCUCCCUCACUGCCCGAGCUAAUGAGCAGGGACGCCAGAUUGGAUUCAAGGAGCGUGCUACUGCUGGUCUUACCGCAGGUGGUAUUGCCGCCAUGAUUGGCAACCCUGCUGAUCUGGCAUUGAUCAGAAUGCAGAGUGAUGGUCUCAAGCCUCUCGCCGAACGAAAGAACUACAAGUCCGUCAUCGACGCUCUCUCAUCCAUUGCCAAGAGCGAAGGUAUUGGUGCUCUCUGGGCGGGCGCUGCCCCUACUGUUGCCCGUGCCAUGGCCCUCAACUUUGGUCAGCUCGCCUUCUUCAGCGAAGCCAAGGCCCAGCUCAAGCAAAACACCGACCUUAACCCGCGUCUCCAGACACUCAGUGCCAGCGCCAUUGCUGGUUUCUUUGCCUCCUUCUUCAGCUUGCCUUUCGACUUUGUCAAGACUCGUCUGCAGAAGCAACAACGCGGCCCAGACGGCAAGCUCCCUUACAAGGGCAUGGUCGACUGCUUCACCACGGUUGCUAGAAAGGAAGGCGUCCUCCGAUUCUACCGCGGCUUUGGUACAUACUAUGUUCGCAUUGCUCCUCAUGCAAUGGUCACUCUUAUUGUUGCCGACUAUUUGGGUUGGUUGACGAAAUAAGCUGCAGUAGGGUAGCCUUUUGUUUUCGGGUUAUCUUUGGGAGUCUCGGUUGAGUUUAGUUUUUAUGGCAGGCGAUUUCCUUUGUUUAAGUUGUCCUAUUCCUCCAACUUUCAUUAUACCUUGUCGAGGAAAUGCAGAAUAUAUGCUCGAAACAUUGUUAAAUAUAUAUGACUUAUCUCUUACACGCCUCAAUCCGCAGCGCUUGCACCGUUCGUGGCCGACUGGGCUAGAAAAACAUCACCC